AACCCCUGUUCAGUACAGCUCAAUAUAUUUUUGCCCCUAACAAAACAGGUUGAAGCAUUUCGCUUUCCCUGAAUAUGAAGGCUUUUAUUUCGGAAUUAAACUCCGUGUCGUUUUAUUUUUUCUACUUCCGGUGGUGUCUCAGCUAACUCCGUCCUCCUCUCAGUCAGCUUCACAUGUUGCCUGUGCGCUGUCAGUUAGUUGCAGUGUGUUUUCGAGCUCUCCGCAGACUGUGCGGGACUCUGGCUGACUGUGUGUGCAAUGUACCGGUAGUUUGAUUCACUUCAGUACACAUGGACCCUCCGGACUUCGAAGCCAUGAACUUCACGGUGGAGCCGGCGGCGGCGGCGUACCCACUGUGUGAGGAGUGGAGGGACGGCGCGGAGGGCUCAGUGUUCCACCUCGCCAACAUCUUCCUCUUUCUCGGCUUCAUGGGCGGCAGCGGUUUCUACGGACUCAUCUACCUGUUCACCUUCCUCACUCUGGGCUUCUUCUGCUCCACCCUCUGGGCUUGGUCGGACAGCUGCACCACGGACUCCUUCCUGUGGAGUUUCGCGCUCUUCGGGGUGUGUUUGGGGCAGGUGCUGCACGUCUCCUACAGGCUGAGGAGCGUCUCCUUCGAGAAGGACUUCCAGGAGCUUUACAGCUGCGUGUUCAAAAGACUGGGGGUGUCCCUCACACACUUUGGGAAGAUAGUGGCCUGCUGUGAGGGGGACAUCCACUCCUUAGAGAAGGACCACUGCUUCGCCAUAGAGGGGAAAACCGCCAUAGACAAGCUGUCGGUGCUCCUGUCUGGCAGAAUCCGUGUGACCGUUAACGGAGAGUUUCUGCAUUACAUCUACCCUUUCCAGUUCCUGGAUUCACCUGAGUGGGACUCUCUCAGACCAUCAGAGGAGGGCGUGUUCCAGGUGACCCUGCGUGCUGAUAACCCCUGCCGAUACGUGGCGUGGAGGAGGAAGAAACUCUACCUGCUCUUCGCUAAGCACCGCUACAUAGCCAAGAUCUUUGCCCUGGUUGUGCGCAACGACAUUGCAGAGAAGCUGUACUCCCUUAAUGACAAGGCCUUCGACAGCUGCGGGCACCGCUACGAUCUCCGCUUACCGAGUUACUGUCACAUGCCAGGGACCGAAUUAGAAAAAGCAGAUGUAUUCCUGCAAGUGCCAGUGCAGGGUGGAAGGACUGCCUGAGCGCGCGCAGACACACACACACACACACACACACACACACACACACACACACACACACACACACACACACACACACACACACACACACACACACACACACACACACACACAGGGGUAGGAAUGGCUUUCAGAUAGGUGGGGCAACGUGUGGUUCUAUGUGUACCUCAUGCAUCUGUAGAUUUCACCUAAAGUUUGCAUUAGAUAAAGCCUCAAUUGCAUAUUAAAACCAACAAUUAUAUAAAACUUUAAAUACAAAAAAUAAUUGUCUAAAUUUAGUUGUCUUCAUGGUGAUAUGUAUUAGUUACAAAUUUGACCUUAUUCACUUGUAGUGUCUUGUGAAAUGUAGGUCAUUUUACAAUACGUAUCUUUAAAGGUUUCUACUGAGGGGUUUGUUUAUAAAUCUUUCAUAGUCUGAUAUAUAUCUUUAUCUACUUUAUGCCUAGAUACAAGGCCAAAAUACAAGUAAAUGUGUGAUUUUACGGGGAAUUAGUGUUUAUCCAACCACUCAGUAUUUCUGUGCAGAUGUGUUGGUCUCUGUAUAUAACUGAUAACAAGACUCCAGUAACAGUGAUCAGCUAGGAGGCCAUUUUGGGGUCAGGGCCACACUCAGUAUAUAGUACUCAGUAUGGCCAAGCAUCAGGGACAAAAAAAAAAAAAUAAAUCAUAAAAGAAGGCUAUUGAGUGUGUAUGGUUAAGAAUGAGUAACGUAAAUACACAAUACAGGCAGAGAAUUGUAUAAAAAGUUCCUUAAACAGGAAAUAAUCUGCUCAGAGUUACUGUCAGUAUACUUCAGUGUUACUGAGUUCACUGUUUAGGUUCACUGUACAGUUUGAAUAUAAUAUGAAAUACCCAUAAAAUAUGCCUUAGUCAGGGGUUGUCAGUUUACUAAAUGAUAGAAAAAGGUUGGGACUGUUGUGGGGCGUGGGACACUCACUGGGGGAACCAGACACUCCACUACUACAGAAGGAAGAGCUGUAAAACAUUUGGUCUGAAAUGACUCCUCCAAUCAGAUUCAGCCUGUAAAACUUAAAACUCCUCGAAGUGCAAAUUAUUUUCAUGUCAUUAGUGUGUGUGGGGAGCCAACAGCAGAGGAAGUGCUCAGGUUCAGCUAGAUAGGACUCCAAUGGUCAUUUAUCUUUUCAAAAUGAAAGGGAUGCCAUCUUGGAACAAGAGAUGGUAUGAUAUCACAUACCACAAUAAAAGACAUGAUAUGUUAUUGUGCUGAAUUUUCAUUGUCAGGAUAAUUGUGAACAUCCUGACGAGUGAUUUAAAAAAGCUGUCUAGAUCGCUAACGUACUGUCCUAUAUCGAUUUCCUGCUUUAUUUUGAAGCCACAUCAGUCCAGUCAUUUUAAAACCCUAAACCUGUCACCAUGGCUGAAGGCCGGCCUGUUGUAUCCCCACAAAAGAAAUUCCAGACUAAAGAACGACAGGGAGACGACGUAUCCAGUGAUUCCAGUAUGUUUUAGUGCUGUUUUAAUAUUUGUAAGCAUAUUUUGAGGAUUAUUUGGAUAAUUUCAUCAUAUUGAAAUUAUUUUGGCCAGGAUAUUGGGUCCAUUUUUUAUAUUGUCCCAUGCCUAGUUGGAACGUGGUUUCCACUUCUCUUAAUACACUGAUGGUGCACAGUCACUGUGACCAGCUAUUAGCCAAGAAAUAUCUCACUGUCAGACAGACAGAUUGAACUCUUCCAUUAAUCUGGUACUUUGGUGAAUAAUCUGGUGUCUCAUUAUCAUGGCUGUACCCAUCUACAAAUCUCUGUGUAUUAGACAAGCUUGUGUGCUGUAUCUGUAGUAAAAUCCUAUCUAGCUGCUGGUGCUUCAAGAUCUCCCAGCGUUUGGGAAUGUCUGGAAUUGUCACGGAUGUUUACAGCUCUUCUCUGUUGCCUCUUUGUGUAAAAGUGAAACAUGGAUUUUCUGUCCUUACCGGACACUCACACACUGUCUGAGCACCUUCUGGGCUAGGUUCAUGUGUUGAUUCCACUGUGUGCUUUCAAGCAGAACAUUAGACACUCAGCACACACUUCUUGCCAUUUUGUCUACUUUUCUACCUCUGUAAUCUUCCACAACCAAUCACACAGUCACCCUGGGGGCCUCCUGAUUGGACUGUUGAUUGAAAUCAUUGUGCACAGAACCGUAGGAUAUAACAGGAGAGUGUGUGUGUGUGUGUGCGAGCUGUACAUUAUGAAUGUAUGAAGUGACAUAAAGAGAUGGCUGCAGAUGUCCUAACUGUAUUCAGUGUGUUAUAUUGAUGGUUAGAUCAGUGCCUGUUGUUAAUGUAACAUUGUGCUAAUGUAAAUACAUAGGCUGACUGUGUCUAUAUUGUACUGUAGAAAUAAAUGAUUCUUUAUUUUACAAGUUGUCA